AUGCCGGACUCUAAAGCCUGUCACCCCCUUCACCACCCCCCUUCAUCUCUCCUCAAGGACACAGAUUUCAUCUCUUACAUCCUUCCCUCAUACUCAGACACUCUCUUCGCUUGCCUACGUAACCUUCAGGAGGAAGAGCUACUCCUUGACUGCGCAUUUCUCCUUCAAGACAACUCCGUCCAAGCUCAUAGACUUGUGUUGGCAGCUGCCAGUCAAGCCCCAGAUGUAUUUUUUGGCUCAAAACAAAAAUUUAGGCUUGGAGUGGAGACAAUAAGAGAAUGUCGAUUGACCCCAGUUGGGUUGAGGGCUGUUCUGGACUUUGCAUACGGUGGAGAUGUCACCAUGGACUUGAGUAAAGAAGGGGUAAUGGAUGAGGUGCUGGAUGCUUGCAGGUGUCUAGAGAUGGAGAGGCUGAGGCAAAGGAGCCUGUCAAAGGUCGCGGCCUCUGCAGCCACAGAGAGAGAGAAGAGCUUGGCGAUCAUCAGGGACAUGUGGGAGAGAGGAGUAGGGUGUGACGUCACAAUACAAGCAGAGAGUGGAGAGAGAUAUUCAGCACACCGUGUGGUGUUAGCAGCAGGUGGGGACUAUUUCCGGGCGCUGUUCUGCGGAGGGUUACGUGAGUCCAGUGAGGACGUUGUGUGCCUGCGAGGCGUAGCACCCCAGGUCAUCGAAUCCAUACUUGGCUUCAUCUACUCAGGUCAGCUCAGACUGGGCUGGAGCCAGAUUUGGGAGCUCACAGAUGCACUGCUUCAGUUCCAGCUGCAGGGGGCGCUCUCGCUGUGCAUUGACUUCCUGCGGGACAGAAUGGAUGAAAGCACCUGUCUGGAUGUGCUGGUCCUGGCUGAGACCUAUGGACUGGUCCAGCUGGGGCAGGCUGCAGGGGAGUACAUCUUAGCCCACUUCCAGUGCAUCUCUGCUGAGGAGAAGUUCAAGGAUGUCCCCUAUUCCUUCCUGGACAGGUUGCUUGAGAAGGACUCAUUGUGUGUAGAGAGUGAGAUGGUGGUGUUCAGGGCAGUAGUGAGCUGGGUGGAGGACAACCUUAAAGAGAGACUAGCAGUAUUGCCAGGCCUGCUCCACCAUGUUCGCCUCCCCCUCCUCAGCUACUCUGAGCUCCAGGAGGCCCUGAGCUGCAGCCUCCUCUGCAGGAGCCCUGGGGCCAGAGGAACGCUGCAGGCCCUCCGAAGCCUCCUGGAGGGGGAUUACAGAGGACCUGAGUGCCGACCUCGCACCCCAAACCAAGUCCUGGUCCUGGUUGGUGGGGACACUGUCGAUGAUGAAUUCAUGAAGAGGGUUCCAAGCCAGACCUUGUGGUUCGCCGAGCGGUUCCAUCGUGGACACGGUCUGAUCAGAAGCAUAGAGUGGAGGCCAUUCGCCAAGCUCCCUGAACCGCCCCGGUUCAGGCACUGCGUCUGUCUCCUCAACAACAAACUGUACAUCUUGGGAGGACGCAAGUACUACGGAGCGCUGGAUAUCCUCAAGUCUGCCUUGAGGUUUGACCUGUCUCAGUGUAAAUGGGAACGACUACCUGACAUGCUGUGUCAAAGGGACUACUUUUCUGCUGUGUGUCUGGACGGUAAGGUCUUCGCUCUGGGGGGUAACCGUGACGACAGCCAAUACCUGGACUCUGUGGAGUACUACACGCCUGAGGAGAACACCUGGAGGCCGGCUCACCCUCUGGACACAGCUGUGUGCGGCCACGCUGCAGCUGUGCUGGACGGCCAGAUCUACGUCUCUGGAGGCUGCGACCCCUAUCAGCGCUGCCUUCCCUCCAUGUGGCACUACCAUCCUUCCCGUGGCUGUUGCCCAAGAGCGCCCAUGACUGUCGGAGCGGGACGUGCAGGUCAUAUCAUGUUAGCCUUGGGGAGGGGGUUGGUGGUAGCUGGCGGGCUGCAGCCACUCUGGAUGGGCUUUGGAGACCAACUCCUCUGUGAGCUCUACAACCCCAUGUAUGACUCCUGGUCCUCCAUCCCUGCCCUGCCUCGACCUCAUCUGUCACCAGGGGCAACUGUACUUGAUGGACGGUUAUACAUGGUGGGGGGAUCCUCAGCAAACACAGCAAGAGAUACCAAGUGGGUGCAUCGCUAUGACCCCAUGGAGAGGUGCUGGGAAAACCUGGGGGCCAUGCCACACCCGUACACCGAUCUGGCAGCUUGCUCCCUGCCACUUCCUCAAGUCUUUUGA